AUGCCAGAAGCUAGCUUUUCUAUACAAGGUUACAACUUAGUGAAGUUGCUGAAGAGACUGGAAGAUGCUACUGCAAGGUUGGAAGAUGUAACGAUAUAUCAAGAGGGAUAUGUACAAUCUAAAAUACGUAAGUCUUCUGGAAGAGAUGCAGUUGCACAGGCUAGUUUGAACGAGAGUCCAAAUAAGGCUGUCGAAGGAUCGAAGGAGACAGACGGUGGAGCUGGCGAUAUUUCAAUGGGGGAGGAUAAUCCAGAAAGUAUAAAGGAAUUUGAAAAGUUUCUUUCUGAGAAGUUGGAUCCCUUAGUGUCGUUAGCGGAAGAGAUAGAUCCUUUGGUGUACCAGUCUAGUUCCUUGUUCAGGGAGGCUUUUCAAGGCCAGCUUGACUUUUUGAAGGCUGCAGUGAGAUCUAAAAGACCUGUUGCCGGAUCAGAGACGUUUAUGGAGGCUUUCAAGCCGAUAAAUGACAAAAUUUUAUCUAUUGGUGAACUCAAGGAUGCAAAUAGACAGCAUAAGUAUUUUGCGCACUUAAAUUCGGUUGCAGAAGGUGCUCCAUUAGUCAGUUGGGUUGCUGUUGAUACGCCAGUUUCUCAGAUCUCAGAUUUCAAGGAUGCAUCCCAAUUUUGGACAAAUAGGAUAUUGAAAGAAUUCAAGGACUCCGAACCUAAUUCUAUUGAAUGGGUUAAAUUGUUCCUUGGAGUUUUUGAUGAUUUGAAAACAUACGUAAAAAAAUAUCACACCACUGGACCAAGUUACAAUGUAGACGGCAUCGAUUUUGCUGAGGCAUACUCUCAAGUCAUCUGUGAAAAGGGGCCACGUUCUUCUGAUUUUGCAUCUUCAAGCGGAGCUCCACCUCCACCGCCUCCACCACCAUCCUCAGUUUUUGAGGUGCAAAGUGAGUCUGGGGACCAGCGGCAAGGUGGUAUUAACGCUGUAUUUGCGGAAUUAAAUCAGGGUGAAAAUAUUAUGAAGUCGCUAAAGAAGGUUGAGAAAUCACAACAAACACACAAGAACCCAGACUUACGCGCUUCAUCUUCUGUGCCUGCUAGCUCUGGAGCUAAAACACCUCCUCCAAAGCCCAAAAAGCCUGUUGGAUUGAAAACAAAGAAGCUGCCAAGACAGGAGUUGCAAGGCAGCAAGUGGUUUAUUGAAAAUUAUGAAGAUCAAACUGAUCCUAUUGUCAUUGAAGCCAACAAAGAUGAAUCUGUGUUCAUUGGUCAUUGCAAGAAUGUUUUGGUGCGGAUUAAUGGUAAAGUCAAUGCCGUUUCUGUAAGUGAAAGUGACCGCUGCAACUUACUUGUUCAAUCUUCGAUUAGCGGCAUCGAAGUUAUCAAAUCUGUAAACUUUGGUAUUCAAGUCGAGAACGCUGUCCCUCAAAUCACUAUAGACAACAGUGAUUCUGGUGUGAUUUAUUUAAGCAAGGACUCCAUGCAUACAGAAAUUUUCACUUCAUGUUCCACUUCUAUAAACGUUAAUGUUCCAACUGGGGACGACGAUGAUUUCGUUGAACAUCCUAUUCCUGAGCAAUUGAAGCAUUCAUUUACUGAUGGGAAGCUAAUAACUAAUGUGUUUGAGCACGUUGGAUAA